GGGGCGGGACCGGGGCCGGCGGGGCGGGAGCGGCGGCCCCGGGGGCGGUGAAAAGGAGCCGGGGGUGCCCGAGUGCCGCCGCCGCCCGCCAUGAGGGCAGCGCUCGCCCCCGGGGUUCGCCUGCUCCGCGCCCUCCCCCGGGACAGCCGCUAUCGAGGACUGACUCUGGUACUGACCUUCCUCUCCUACACCAGCUACCACCUCUCCCGAAAACCCAUCAGCAUCGUCAAGAGCCAGCUGCACCCCAACUGCUCAGCCUUGGGCCCGAACCCCCACAAUGACUCCAACAGCACCACCUGGUGCAGCUGGGCCCCCUUUGAUGGGGACAACUACAAGGAACUUUUUGGGGCGCUGGAUAAUGCCUUCCUGGUGGCCUACGCCAUCGGGAUGUUUAUCAGUGGCAUUUUUGGGGAGCGCCUCCCUCUGCGCUACUACCUGUCGGGGGGAAUGGUGGUGAGCGGGCUCUUCACCGCCCUUUUCGGCCUCGGCUACUUCUGGAACAUCCACGUCCUCUGGUACUUCAUCGUCGUGCAGGUCUGCAAUGGGCUGGUGCAGACAACAGGCUGGCCUGCUGUCGUGGCCUGCGUUGGAAACUGGUUUGGCAAAGGAAAGAGAGGUUUGAUCAUGGGCAUCUGGAACUCGCACACCUCCGUUGGCAACAUCUUAGGGUCGCUCAUCGCCGGUGCCUGGGUUUCCUCUGCCUGGGGCCUGUCCUUUAUUGUGCCUGGCAUCAUCAUCACCGUCGUGGGCAUCAUCUGCUUCUUCUUCCUCGUGGAGUAUCCUGAGGAUGUUGACUGCAAUCCACCUCUGCAUCACAUGGCUGCUGAUGAGGAUCCUGGAGGAGUGACCACGAGUGAGAAGGAUCCUGAAGCAGUCAUCUCCAACGAGGGCCCACUGAGCCUCUCAGGCCAGAGCAGUGUGGAUCACUCCAAGAGCCCCAAGGAGCCAGCUGAGGAGCCUGAAGCCAUCAGCUUCCUUGGGGCACUUCGGAUACCUGGCGUAGUGGAGUUCUCCCUGUGCCUGCUCUUUGCCAAGCUGGUGAGCUACACCUUCCUGUACUGGCUGCCCCUCUACAUUGUCAACGUCGCUCAUUUUGGUGCCAAGGAAGCCGGGGACCUGUCGACCCUCUUUGAUGUCGGGGGUAUUUUAGGGGGGAUCUUCGCUGGCCUCAUCUCUGACUACACUGGCGGCAGAGCCACCACGUGCUGCGUGAUGCUGGUGGUCGCUGCUCCCAUGCUGUUCCUGUAUAACCAUGUGGGUCAGAACGGCAUUGGCAUAUCAAUAGCGAUGCUGAUCAUCUGUGGUGCUCUGGUUAAUGGGCCCUACGCGCUCAUCACAACAGCGGUGUCGGCAGAUUUGGGCACCCAUGAGUCUCUCAAAGGAAAUGCCAAAGCUCUUUCGACUGUCACGGCCAUCAUCGACGGCACGGGAUCUGUUGGUGCUGCGCUGGGGCCGCUGCUGGCAGGGCUCAUCUCUCCCACGGGCUGGAAUAACGUGUUCUACAUGCUGAUAGCAGCUGAUGUCCUGGCUUGUCUGCUCCUGGCUCGUGUGGUGGUCAAGGAGGCGCGUGGCUGGUGUGGCUCCAUGGCGAGGCAGAGAGGGUACGUAGCUGCCAGCCCGGAGCGGCCCCCGGUGCCGCGCCGCCCGGGCACGCUGUCGCUGCUGCUGCUGCAGAAGGAUGUUUGUUACCCCUUGCUGUCGCUGCUGCACCUUCGCGUGGGCAUCGCCAGCCCGCCUGCCCCGUGCCCUGUGGCCACUGAGACGCUGCCACCUCAAGCCGAGGCAGCACCUGGGGGAUUUUAGCCAGCUGCACCUCAGAAAACACUUGGGGUGCUAAACACAGUGUCCUUGUGUCUUUGUAGCUCUAGUGUGCAGCUAACAGAGUCAGUGAUGGAUGGGAAGUAGGUCGGUGUAAGUAUCUUCACUUGAGCCCUGAGGAUUAAAUGCAAACACAAGCCUGAUCCAUUCUGAUUCUGAGUUUCACUUUGCAGGCUCAGCCUAGAAAUAGCCACUGCUCCAAUCAUUUAGGGCCGAGAUCAAGAUUUGGGAAUCAAAAGAUCAAAUUGCAAUGGCCAGGGAAGAGUGUGGGAGGAAGGAGGGAGAGGGAGAUGUGGCUGGGCAGCGCAUCCUUUAAAUCUGGCUGAUUUAGCAGAUACUGGCCCAGAUGCCCAAUCGAUUGGCAUUGAUUAAUGCACUUGAAAUGACUGAAUUUAUAGGCUUUGCCCACCUGUGCAACUGAGCUUGAUUACACGCAGCCAGGGCUGGCUAAUCAAAUCUGGGUCAAUCACUGCAGCGAGUGUAUAAAUAAUCUCCAAAUCAGCACUGCCCUGGCUCCGAUUGCCACCAACAUCCCCAUGUGACAUCUAAAGGAAGGGGCCACCGCCGGUCCUGGCAGUGGGGCUGCCGGACCCCGACCCCUGCGGACAUUCCGUCCCUUAUGUCUUGUGUUUGCAGGUGACAGACCAAUAGUCUGGGCCUCGUGCUGCGGUAAGUGCGGCCCAAAUCUCCUUCUCCGGCUGCCGGUGGAGGGCUGCCAGGCUCUGCUCUCUGGUGCCGGGGCUGGUUAGGGUGACGACUGUCCUAGGGGAUGACAGCAGCCGCGUUUGCACCAAACACUGGCUGGUUUCUGCUGGGGGAAGCGGCUGGCUCAUGUGGCAAUGCUGCAGUGUCUUCAGCGCUUUGGGGAGUGUCUCUGGAGCAGCUUGCAGAGAAGAGGCACAAACGCUGUAGGAUUUUUGGGGACAUUUCAGCUUUGGCCGGAGACACAACAGUGGCUGCAUCUCCUCCUCGCGCCUGCUUCUCCUCCUGGUGGCGCGGAUGGGGCUGGGCUCUCCCGGCACAGCUCUUUUCCCUUUCCAUCUCCGACAGCAUCGCAGUGCCCAGCAUCGAUCGCAGUGCCCAGCAUCGCUCCCAGCGCCCGCGGGGCCUUGCCGCCGCCCUGA